AUGAAGAGCCACGACGAGAUGAUGAGCACUGAUGAUGAGGACAACGCCUCUCGCAACUUGAGGCAUUUGCGAGUGGGACCCAAGAUUUUGAAUUCCUUGCAACAAGAAACAAGUCUCCAACACUUGUGGCUGGGCCCGACGUUUUCUUCCUCGGUGACUCUGGACAAAAUUGCCGAGAUUCUUUCACAAUCGCAGCUGCGCUCCCUGGAUUUGGAUUUGUCCCUGAUGGCGGCAAGUUCCACGACGACGAGUUGUAAUGGGAGUCGUCGCUCCAACAAGGCCACACUUGAGACAAAUGAUUGGACCUGUGCCAUGGAGUGCUUUGUGGCACAACUGUCGUCGGUGGAAAAGUUGUGCCUGCGUCUUCCCACGCGACAAGAAGGAGUGGUAUUGGCGUGUAUCCAAGGACUCGCCACGGGCUUGACUUGUAGUAAUGCUGGAGUGAAGACACUGGAUUUGAGGUCCAACAGAAUGGACGACCAGGCCGCCAUGGUCCUGGCCGCGGCAUUGCCCCAAAUGACGAGCGUGCGACACUUGAUCCUGACGUGGAACAGGAUUGGAAGUGUUGGUGCCGAGGCGUUGGCCAAGGCACUCAAUCAUUCUCGAUUGGAGCGGUUGGAUCUCAGUCACAAUCCAGCCUUGGAUGACACGGCGGCAGUGGCAUUGAGCCGGGCAUUGCAAACCAACACGCGAUUGCAAGUGUUGAAUUUGUCGGGUUGUACGGGGAUUACCGUCCAGGGGGGUUUGGCAAAGUUGGUGGAGUGUCUCGGUAGCACCAAACACAACAACAUCAACCACAAUAAUGUGACACUAGAACAUAUCUACUGGAAGAACCAACGGCCCACAAGGCAUGAUCCCAGGAUGGCUGCUGCUGCAGAGAGUACCGCUACUGCUACCAGAACCAACCAAAACACAGACGACAAAGACAUACUGCAAGCAAUGGAGUAUUACCUGUCAUUGAACAGGGCGGGAAGACGACUGUUGAUCCAUUCGAAAAUUGGCCAAGAAAAAGUGUCAAUCGCCGUGUGGCCACAUGUCUUGGCCAAGACGGCGUCUGUCAAUAAAUCAUCCUUGAUCGGGCGUCCUGCCACGGGACCUCAUGAACUUUUUUAUCUCUUGCGCCAGAAUCCGGGACUGUUUGAACACACGCAACAACAAAAAACGCUCUUCAUCGUGAACGACUGA